CACUACACGUGGAUCCCAGGUUCCCGGAUGCCGUGAGUGAACUGAAUUGCAACUGCAGAAGCAACAAGUGACCCUUUGAAGAUGCAUGUGCGACUGCAUAAAGUAAAGGGGAAACUGAAAAUAACAAUGAAGUAAGGGAAAAGUAUGCUUCUCAGGUUUAAUAGGGGAAACCUACUUUCUGCAAGUAACUGAGAAAUCUGCCCUUGGAAGCUGUUUCUUGGGCCCUCAUGGAGUAGUUGGAAGUUUUCUGUUAGAUCCGUGGGCUCCUGAUCACCCAGAGUAGCCAUGGCCAGCAAGAGGAAAUCCACCACCCCAUGCAUGAUCCCAGUAAAGACCGUGGUGCUGCAGGAUGCCAUUGUGGAGGCCCAGCCAGCAGAGGCCUUGCCUGAAGUACCCCAGCAGGAUCUUCCCCCAGAAGCACCUGCUACCAGCAGUGAGGCAGCUCAGAACUCCAGCAGUACUGAUGGCUCCUCACUGGCCAAUGGGCAUCGGAACACUUUGGAUGGCUAUUUAUAUUCCUGUAAAGACUGUGAUUUCAGAUCCCAGGAUAUGACCCAAUUUGUGGGACAUAUGAACUCAGAGCACACAGACUUUAAUAAAGAUCCAACUUUUAUCUGCCCUGGGUGCAGUUUCCUGGCAAAAACCCCCGAGGGGCUUUCCCUGCACAAUGCCAAGUGUCAUUCAGGGGAAGCCAACUUUGUGUGGAAUGUGGCCAAGCCAGACAAUCAUGUAGUCGUGGAGCAGAGUAUCCCUGAGAGCACCAGCACUCCUGACCCAGCAGGGGAGCCCGGCGCUGAGGGGACUGAUGGACAGGCUGAAAUCAUCAUCACUAAGACUCCAAUCAUGAAGAUAAUGAAAGGCAAAGCUGAAGCCAAAAAAAUCCAUACUCUCAAAGAGAAUGUCCCCAGCCAGCCUGUGGGUGAGGCCUUGCCAAAGCCAUCAGCUGGGGAAGCAGAGGUGAAAGAGGGGGACCACACCUUUGUUAAUGGGGCAGCUCCAGUCAGCCAGGCACCUGCCAGCUCUGCAAAGCCCCCCCAUACCACCAAUGGGCCCCUGAUAGGAACGGUGCCAGUUCUGCCAGCUGGUAUAGCACAGUUCCUGUCCCUCCAGCAGCAGGCCCCGGUGCACACCCAGCACCAUGCCCACCAGCCCCUGCCUACAUCCAAGGCCCUUCCCAAAGUGAUGAUCCCCCUGAGCAGCAUCCCAACAUACAACGCGGCUAUGGACUCCAACAGCUUUCUGAAAAACUCCUUUCACAAGUUCCCCUACCCAACCAAAGCCGAGCUCUGCUACCUGACUGUGGUGACCAAGUAUCCAGAAGAACAGCUCAAGAUCUGGUUCACAGCCCAGAGGCUGAAGCAAGGUAUCAGCUGGUCCCCUGAGGAGAUCGAGGAUGCCCGUAAAAAGAUGUUCAAUACAGUCAUCCAGUCUGUGCCUCAGCCCACGAUCACAGUUCUGAACACCCCCCUGGUUGCCAGUGCAGGCAAUGUCCAGCAUCUCAUCCAGGCCGCUCUCCCAGGCCACGUUGUCGGACAGCCAGAGGGCACAGCAGGAGGACUCCUGGUCAGCCAGCCACUGAUGGCCAAUGGGUUGCAAGCACCAACCUCGUCUCUCCCCCUGGCAGUCACAUCUGUUCCCAAGCAGCCAACAGUGGCACCUAUUAACACCGUGUGUUCAAAUACAACAUCGGCCGUGAAGGUGGUCAACGCAGCCCAGUCUCUCCUCACAGCCUGCCCCAGCAUAACUUCCCAAGCCUUCCUUGAUGCUAGCAUCUACAAAAAUAAGAAGUCUCACGAACAACUGUCCGCUCUGAAAGGGAGCUUCUGCCGGAACCAGUUCCCAGGGCAGAGUGAAGUCGAACAUCUGACCAAAGUCACCGGCCUCAGCACUAGAGAGGUGCGGAAGUGGUUCAGUGAUCGGAGGUACCAUUGCCGGAACCUGAAGGGCUCCAGAACCAUGAUGCCUGGGGAUCACGGCUCCAUUCUCAUUGACUCUGUGCCCGAGGUGCCCUUCUCCCCAUCCUCCAAGGCUCCCGAGGUAACCUGCAUCCCUACAGCGACCUCAUUAGCAAGCCACCCUGCUGCCAAACGGCAAUCCUGGCACCAGACUCCUGACUUCACGCCCACCAAAUACAAGGAGAGAGCCCCAGAGCAGCUCCGAGCCCUGGAGAGCAGCUUUGCACAAAACCCACUCCCUCUAGACGAGGAACUGGACCGCCUGAGAAGUGAAACCAAGAUGACCCGGAGAGAGAUCGAUAGCUGGUUUUCAGAGAAACGGAAAAAAGUGAAUGCUGAGGAGACCAAGAAAGCCGAUGGGACAGCCUGUCAGGAGGAAGGGGAGGCUGCUGAGGACGAGGCGGGAGAGGCGGAGUUGGCCAGUGAACUGAGGGUUGCUGGUGAAAAUGGUUCCCCAGAAAUGCCCAUCAGCCAGAUAUCAGCAGAGCGCAAAGUCAGCCCCAUCAAAAUCAAUCUCAAGAACCUGAGGGUCACUGAAGCCAGUGGCAAGAGUGAGCUUCCAGGGCUCCUUGCCUGUGAGCUGGAGGAGGAUAGUUUGAACAAGCUGGCAGAGCAACCCCCUGGCAAAGUGAGCUACAAAAAGACGGCUCAGCAGCGACACUUGCUGCGGCAGCUCUUUGUCCAGACCCAGUGGCCAAGCAACCAGGACUAUGACUCCAUCAUGGCCCAGACGGGGCUGCCACGGCCAGAGGUGGUGCGCUGGUUUGGAGACAGUAGGUAUGCUCUGAAGAACGGCCAGCUCAAGUGGUACGAAGACUAUAAGCGGGGCAACUUCCCACCAGGGCUGCUGGUCAUCACCCCUGGAAACCGGGAGCUGCUGCAAGACUAUUACAUGACACACAAGAUGUUGUAUGAGGAAGACCUGCAGAACCUCUGUGACAAGACCCAGAUGAGCUCCCAGCAGGUCAAGCAGUGGUUUGCUGAGAAAAUGGGUGAGGAGACCCGGGCCGUGGCAGACACAGGUGGUGAAGACCAGGGCCCUGGUACUGGUGAGCCUGCGGCAACUCACAAAGGGCUGGGUGACUCCUAUUCAGAGGUGUCUGAGAACAGUGAGUCGUGGGAGCCCAGUGCACCUGAGGCCAGCUCAGAGCCCUUUGGUAACUCAAGUCCCCAGGCUGGACUUCAGCUAGAAGCAGACUGAAAUUGAUCCGAUUACUCUGAAGGACCGGCCCAUCUGGGAUGCUGCCUGCCACAUGGAACAGCUGAACCUGCCUCUCUGCUGCCACAUGUCAUUUCCAUGGCCAGCCACUGGGUACCCAAGAAGGCCUCCAGAGGCCUUGCAGAUAGCCCAGAGCCUGUUGCCACCAAGCAAGUGGCAAGAAGGGGUUCUGCCAGUCCUUCCUCCCACAGUGUAGGACCUUCCCUUGGCCUCCCAGGGAUAAAGCAGUUCAGACUUCAUAUUCAUAGACAGAAUCAAGUUUUAACAAACAUUGCCUCUCUACAUUUAAUAAAAUACCAGAUUACAAACACUUUCAUUAUAUAGACACUUUGGUUAGCAAAGUGGGACGUUGUUCACAUCAUCUCUGAAUGUGCCGUUUGUCUGUUCUCUGGGGAGCACUGGAGCCACUGAUGCCCUCACCUUCCAUGGGCAGGCAGGGGUUAAAGAUGCUCAGAACUGUAUCCGGGCCCCCAGGCCUGUCUGCUUUCCUCACAGAAGGAUACCAUUGAAGAGCUCUCGGUCAUGUUAAGUGGUGACCAGCCACUUUUGGAGCCAGGAUUGCUUUGUGGGCUGGUUGGUGCAGAGCCUGUUGUUGCCCUUAGGUCAGAAAAUGGCCUGGCUGUGCGAGUAGUGCUGGAUCCUGGCUACUCUCCUCUUCAGCUGUUACCUUAAUUCUGCUUUUUUUUUUUUUUUUUGGUGGGAGUUUGAAUCAUGGACCAUAACUUUUCAGUUAUCAGAUCAACUAAAGAAAUAUUUGUUGUUAAGCCUAAUAUACUGACCUAUGUGCCCCCCACCCCCACCGUGUUUUCUUUCUUUCUUUCUUUCUUUAAUGUAGAAAUGUAGACACCUUUAUAGUGAGAGGAAAAUGAAGAAAGGAAAUGGGGAGAAGGUGGGUGAAGGAAGGUAUAGCUACAGCCUGCAGUCCUGGCUACUGCAGUGUUGAGAGCCCUGUCCCCCCACUUACUACAGAAGCUCCCAGGAGAGUAAGAGGGAGGGCUGAAUGGAUUCGUGGAGCGUGGGGAAUUAUCAGAGCUGGAGUGGACUUGAGCACCGAGACCUAUGGGUGGGAGUUCCUGGCAGAACAUCUGGUACGCUGCAACCACACACCAAGGGCCUGGCCAGCAUGCUGGGCAGAUACCCAGAGGUGCUGGACAUCACUGGACAGGUCCUUGUGAGGGAGUCUCUGAAGUUCUGCAUUUAUGUCCCUAAACUUGGAAGUAAGAAUGCUUAUAUAGUCUAACCCUCACGUCCUCCUUUGAAUUGAGAAAAUCACAGGAAAAGAAGCCUUUGAAACAAUGGGAAACUUAGAGUUGUACUAACUAGAAAAGCCCCGAUUUCCUCAAGACCGGCCACUUUAGCAAAGGGGGUGGGCUGAGGAUGUGUCACCUGUGGCCUCACCAACCUCUUAGAAGUGAACCAAAGACAUUGGUUCCUGCAGUGCCAGGCACACGUGGAGGCCCCUCCUGCUGGGCCUGGGCUGCCUGGGGCACCAGGAGACCUGGGCAGGGAAGGGCUCAGGCAUUAAGCGCUGGUUACACUCUAUGUACCCAGGAAAGUGGAGCAGUCACACCGUCUUGCUGGCUGAGCUGUGGGGAUGAGCUUGGUGCCAGCAGCCUCUGCCUUCUAGGAGAGAGCUUUCUUGGGAAACUCAAAGCCCUCGAACCAUUGUUGUUCUAAAUUAGUGUUUUCUUUAGCCCUCCCUAGCCCAAUAGGGACCACCUCUUAUUUGUCUCAAACUGGGGACUUGUGAAUACUUCUGCAAGUUUUGCAGCCUAUUUUUGUAUCCUUUCCAUUUGGGGAGUGAAGCUAUGAGUCUCAAAAGCCUUUGAGGAAUUGCCAAGAAUGGCAAGUGAUCGCCUUCCUUCAGAGAACAGACACUUGGAAUCUUUCCUUUAGUUUUUAUGUACAUUCAGAUUAAUUUAUAUAUCCACAUAUACAGUACAGAUAUUCAUUUGCUACCUUACUUGUAAAGUGAACAUCUGAUGUGUACACUUGAGCUUCACAGUACGUGGAUGUUGGGGAGCAGCCUGUGUGCGGGCAGGGGCAACCCAGCAUGAAGCCAUCUCCAAGUGUCUGAGAAACCACUCUGUGCCUCAGCCCAUGCCUGCCAGCCUCACCUCGAGUCUGUGUGCACCAGCUGAACGUUAGUGUCUGCAGAGAGGGUUCUUGUGGUUAUCUGCGUUGACAUUCUAUUUACAACCCAAAUAGCAAAACAGAAAAAACUUGUCCAUGGUGUUCAAGUUUGUGCAGGACCCUGCACCCCAGCCCCAGGCACCAGCUCACCUUUUGGGUGGAGUAGUUAUGGUGAGGCCAGCCCUGGCAUGUUUUUCUCACAGAUGUUGGCCCUUCCCAUCAGCCAGGGCCACAUGACAAACAGUAAGACUGACCAGAUAGGAGCCCCGCAGACUGGACAGACCCUGCUUCUUCCUGAGCUCCUGGAUGGGAGUGAGAAAGUGGGAUUUGGACCUUCUGCUUGAAACAUUAUGACACUGAGAAGUGGUCAUGAAGCAGGUGCUUUAAAGGGAUAUCAUUAUGGAACCCAGGGCUUCGGGUGCCCAGCACAGAGACCCAUCCACAUGUGCCCAGAGUCCAUAAUCACAUUGACAAUGGUGGUGAGGGGGUGGGUGUGGUCACCAGGCCGGCAGCUUGUCACAAGACAGAUCACUGGUACUGCACACUGCUGAAGGGUUAAAUUCUCUGUGGUCCCUUUCAAUAGAAGACUGGCUGUGGGCUGCGGAGUUAAGCAAGGUGAGUGGGUGGCUGUUCUUUCCUGAAGAAAAGCUUAUGUUACCAGAGGACGGAUCCCCCCUCCUCUCUGCACCUGGGCUUGUCUGAGGCAGUGGAUUGUCUUCCAGUGUUUCUCAUUGCUGGUGUCUUAUGCCUGUUUGGUUUAUUGUGUUUUUCACUUGAGGUUGUAAAUUAAGUUCUAGGUGAAACCAGAUCACAGUUCUGAUAAAGGAAAUUUGAAUUUGAUAAUAUACUUUACAUAUUUUGAUUACCUGUUUUAAUUUUUGACCAUAGAAGAGCUUUUUGAUUUGGGGAGGGGAAGUAUUUUCAGGUCUCUCAGGUUCCUGAAAAAGAAGGCCCUAGUUGUAUGGCUCAGAGUGACUGAGAGCUCCUUUUUUUUGGCCGAGUGACAAGUGGCUGGUCAGGUGGACCAAAGCACUUGGGUCCAAGACUCUGCACUCUGCUCUCUGGAAGCAGAAAAGGCAGAGUGUCGGUGGCACCUUAAGGGCUUCCACUUGCACUCACGGGCUCGUCCUAAGUGGCCUUGGGAGGCCAUCCCAUCAGGAAGCUCUAGUGAGUUCUACAGGCUGCAUGUGGUUCUCGUGGGUUUUUAUCCUGUCUUCCCUUCCUCUCCUUUCUGGUUCUGUCGCAUCUGUCCCCCAGCUGCCUUCCAUGGAGGGUUGGGGGUAGCCUCUCUGGUUGGACUUGGUCUUUUUGCACAUCCUUCCUCGGGAUUUGCCUGCUUAUACUGUUCCAGUGUUGGGCCCUUUUGCUUGUCAUCUUCCUCAUCUGCAUGUGGACCAGGAUUCUUGGAUUAGUCGCUUUGCAGUCCAGACAUCACAGCCUAUGUUUAAAGGCACUUGGCGGGAGAGAACCAGCCAGGAAGAAAACCUAAAAACAAGUCUAAUCUAAAAACAAGUCUUGGAGCUUUUCCCCCACACCCAUGUUCAGUUUACCUGGGGGAAUUUCAUUGGUCUGACCUUUGUAGGAGAUGUGCUUCUGUAUUAAGUUUUAAUUUUCAUGCAUCGCACUCAUUUGCAAAGCACAGGUGU